CAGUAUCUUAUCCCAUUACUUCUUCCGCAAACCUGCAUCAAUUUUGAUGCAUUACGAUCAUCGUCCUCGAGUUAUGGCCCCCGCUCAAUGAAUCGAAGCCUUUGUUCUGAUGCCACCCACCAACAGAGGAAGAGGCUUCGAGCUCCAGAAAGAGUGAGGGGGAAGAAAACAUGGAGUUGCAAUGGGCGAUCCUGGCUUCCGUGGUGUUGGUGGAAGUGGCAAUUGCAAUCAUCUUAACGCUGCCAUUGCCGCAGCUUCUCAAAUCAACGGUAGUGACGCUGUCUACUCUCCUUCUCAAGCCUUCUGCGGGCGUGUUGCCUUUCGCCGUCCUUCAACUCAUGGAUUUGUAUUGGAAGAAGGAGCACUUCCUGAUUUGUGUCAGUGAGGUCUGCACUGCUUCCGAGAGGGAUCGCUACGAGAAAUCUAUCUGCAAAGCUCAAAGAAACGUGGUCCUUUGUAUAUUAGCUUGCUUACUAUACUGGUGCAUUUACACCAUUUGUAAAUUUCAUAAGGCUGUCCAAGAAUUGGAAGAAGAUGAAAAACGCAGCUGUUCGGUUCCGCUUUUGUGUUCUUUAUCUGUUUGGGGUGGCGAUAUCAGAUCACGGGAUUUAACAAUUAACGAUUUGAACUUUCUUUCCCUGAAGAAAUGCUGCUUGUUAAAUGAUAAGCUUUUGGAUGAACAAAAAUGCUUUUACCCGUGGAUAGAUCUCAAGGGCUGGUGGCCUAUGAUGUCUAUAAAUGAUCUUUAUUUGAAGAAAUAUUUUGUAUCAACUUCCUCUGUGUAAAAGGAGGAUUUUAUAAAAGGAGGAUUUAAUGUGAUCAAUGUUCCCGUGUUAAUACGUUUUCAUAAAAGAUUAUUAUAUUUUUCAUGCUAA